AUGGAUUGCGGGGCGCCCGAAACAAGCUGGGGCGGACCCACCUACGGCAUCUUGCUUUGCGUCAAAUGUGCAGGCAGGCAUCGAAGCCUCGGCACCCACCUCACAGUCAUCAAAUCGCUGGCGAUGGACCGAUGGGACGCCGGCCAGGUGAGAAGGAUGGAGCUCGGCGGCAACGGUCAGCUUCAAGCCUGGUUCACCAAGUGUCAGACGGAGAACAGCGCCUUGGAGAUGAAGUACAGGACCAAGGCGGCCACGCUGUACAGGGAGAACUUGCGUGUGGCGGCGGAUGAAGAUCUGGCUUCGGGGGGGGGGCAGGCGGCUGGAGAGCUACAGGGGGCACCUGGUUCCCGUAAGGGGCGCAUCUUCGCUGCGGCAGAGAGGGCGGCGGCGAGUAGCCUAGCCCAAGAGGAGGCCGAGGCCGAAGCCGCCGCUAAGAAGCUGCGAAAGCGCGGUAAGGGGAGUCGCGUUAGGCGGCGCGAAGCCGAGCGUGCCGGCGCGCUAAGCUCGGCGGCACAGGUGCCCGUAGCAGCUCGUCACGAUCCCCCUUCAGCGCACGCAGGGGCUGGAGCGGCGCCGGGCGGUGCGACGGCGGCGGCGACGGUUGGGUCGGGCAUGGAGGAGUACGCGAGGAGAUGCGGGAGGGAGGAGGAGUACGAGGUCGUGUUCGGUCCCGGAGGCAUGGGGUUCACUCUGAUGAAGGAUGCCGUUAGCCGGGCGCUCGUCACCCGCCUGGCACCCGGGGGCAUGGCGUUUCGGCUCGGGGUCCGCACAGGGGACUACCUUGUUGGUGUGGACGGACGGCGUCUCCAUGACUACGACCAGCUUAUGCUGCUCCUUCCCCGCACGCCGCGCCCCCUGCGCCUGCUCUUCGAGGGGGCGGGUGCGGCCUUGGCUGCCUCUCCUCCGGCUGCGCCUGGCUUCGCCUCGGCGCCGACGGCAGUUGGCGAGGCGACGGCAGCAGCGCCGGACCAGCGGGACGGCGAUAGCAGCGAGAGCCCGCCUCCACCGGCGGCGGCGGAGGAAGGCGGCGUGAGAGACGGAGAGGAGCCUCCUUGUCCCGUGGUUGGCGUCGCGUUACCGGAGGCGGUAGCAGAGCCGAGCGACCGGGCACAGGAAGACAAGCCACGACAGAAGGAGCCGGCAGUUGUAUCAGAGGAAGGACAACCCUCAGAUAAUGCGGUUAACGGCGCGGCGGUGGCGGCGGCGGCGGUGGUGGUGGAAGAAGGGGAUAUCGGAGCGGUGGCGACGGUCGAGGAGGUGGCAGUGGAAGCCCGGGCGAAACAGGAGAGUCGAGAAACACACGCCGCUGCGAACUCUUUCUCGUCACCAAGCGCGGCCGUAGAGGGGGAAGAAGCCGAACGCACGAGGGAGAGCGUCGCGCACAACGGCGGCGGGGGAGGCGGCGGCAGAGAUGACGCGGCGGCUGUUGUGUCGUCGAGCGAUCGCAAGAAGAAGAAGGGCGGGAAAUCGUCGCAGAAGGAAGACGGUGGCGUGUCCUCUGGCGGAAAAGCCGAGCAGGGCUUGGGCGAAGGGUCCAAGGUUGCCGUUCAGGACAAGAAGAAGAGCAGCAAGUGGCGAAAAGGGUUGUUGCGCCGUAGGCACGGGGACGGGUCUUGGACGGUGCGAUACAGCGGCGGCAUGGAGGAGAGGCGCGUGGCGGUCGACCGAAUGCGUCUCAGAGUCCCAGAAAGAACGUCGCCCCCUCCCGCCCCGGCUGCCGCCGCCGCCGCCACCGCCGCCGCCGUUUCUACCCAUGUUACGGCGGCAACGGGCACGUCGGGGGAACGGGUGGAGGGCCGUCGGCGAUCUCGAAAAGCGAAGAAGGGAAAAGAGGAGAAAAUUUCGCCAGCGGCGGCGGCGGGGGCGGGGACAGGUGGGGGUAGUGAAGAGAGGCGGCAUCGCAAAGGCGGUGGCGGCGAAAACGCUGCCGCUCGAGGCGGCGGUCGAAACGGCUGGGAGGCGGCCGCCUCGGCGCCGGGCGCGUGGGCGGCCGCUGACACCGCUCAGGACAGACACGAAGACUUCCGUGCCCCCGGAGAGCUCCGCGACGAUUUCUUCGCCGAUAACGACGGCAGUGGCAGCAGCAGCCGCGGCGACGAGGAAGCGGUGUCGGCGCUAGCGGGCUACGGCAGGCAAGACCCCGGUGCGGCCGACCCUCCGGCCUUCGCCGCCUCUGCUUACGCGGCGGGUGCCUAUGCGGCUCCGAGGCGAAUGGAAGGGUUCGGCGGCGGCGGCAGGGGUUGGAGGGGAGAGGGAGAGGUAGCGUCUGGCGGGGGGGGGUCGGUCGGGAAGGCAGCCCAGCAGCCGGUGAAGUCGAGGGGACAUACGGUGGUCUUCCCCGCGGGAGGUAUGGGCCUGACCCUGACCAAGGAGAUGAGCGGAGGGUGCUCCGUGACGAAGGUGGUGCCUGGGGGUGUAGCGGACUCGAGAGGCGUCGCUCUCGGACAGCGAGUGUGCGCCGUCAACGGGCAGCCCAGUGGUACGUACGAACACACGAUGGCGGUCAUCGGCGGCUCGCCGAGGCCCAUCUCGAUCACGUUCGUGAUGCCCAGCACGGGAGGAGGCAGCGGCAACGGCGGCCGUUUUUCCGGGGUCGGCGGAGGUCCACCGGUUGUGCAGCACACCUGGGCGGACGUUGGGCUAGCGGCAACGAUAGGGGCCAUGGACGCCGCAAACGCUGUCGCGGUGGAGUGGGGACUGGGAGCUAACACCCCCGGGGUCUUAGCCGGGGCGCACUCGUCGGGCGCGGGCGACAUCCCGCCCGCCCCCCAGGGCUUCCGCGUGCACCAGAAGCACAGCCUGAUGGCCAUCCCAACGGGCGUCGCCGGAGGCUUCGGCAACAGCCUCGCCAAGCACCGGACCUUCGCCGUCGACGUCUCUCCGGACAUGGCAACGAUGAGCACGAAGAAGGCCCUUUCCGACGCCCCCGGCGAGGAGGUCGGGGAGUUCGACGUGCGGUUCGGGGAGGGGGAACUGGGGAUGCGACUGGAGGAGAGGGGCUCCUUCAAGGCGUCCAGCGUGGUGGUCAAGAUCACGGAGGGUGGCCAAGCGGUGUCGUUGGGGGUCCGAGAGGGGUGCAAGGUUGUCGGCAUCAACGGGGAGAAGUACCUGUCGCACGCUCACACCGUGGCGACGCUGAAGCACGCCAGACGCCCCGUGGUCGUUCGCUUCCGUUUGCCGGACGCAUCGGGGAGACGCUGA